AUGAUCAUGUGAAACGGAACGCAAUUUGUGGUGUAUUAUGUCAUUAUUAUUUUUUAUCUGUGGUUGUAGCCGAUAGCCGCCAACCGGCUAAUAUAUUCACCUGCAAAUGGUUAUUAUUGUGUUAAAAUUAACUUAUAAAAGUUAAUUCGCGCAUAAGUGUUUUGGGAAGAAAUCGUGUAUAAAUAAAAAUGUUAGGUACAUUAUCUACAAGACAAAUUAUUCUUAUCGAAUCGUAGAUAAAAAAUAAUUAGUUGCUGGGUGGAAAUAUUGUUACAGGUCAUACUUAUUUAUAUGCGCUAUGCUUCCUGAGGCUAUAAAACAGUGGCUGGUGACAUGGCUGGAGGAACACCGCGAGCUGGUGGUGCUGGUAUUCUGCCUGCCCGCCAGCUUCCUCUUCACGUUGCUGCUGCAGGCCAGAGCCUGGUUGCGGCGGCUGGGCACCGGCCCUGACCAUGACACCGCCGUCAAGGAGAUACAGAGGAGGGUUCAAGAAUGGAACAAGUUGCCAUUAGAAGAGCGUCGUCUGCUGUGCACCGCGAGACCCAACUGGCUGUCUCUAUCGACGACGUUCUUCCAGAAGCACCUGCACCACCGCGUGCCGGUGCCGCUGUACGACAUCCUGGAGCUGGACGAGCGCGCCAUGACGGUGCGCGUCGCGCCCAUGGUCACCAUCGGAGACAUCACCGACUAUCUCAUACCGAAGGGUUACUCUUUAGCCGUGACUAUAGAGCUGGUAGACGCCACUUUAGGAGGUCUCGCGAUGGGCACGGGGAUGUCGACCCACUCGCACAAGGCCGGCCUCUACCACGAGACCAUCACCGGCUACGAGGUAGUGCUGGCCGACGGCGAGCUGGUCACCGCCACCGCCCACAACCAACACGCAGACCUGUACAAAGCGCUGCCCUGGUCGCACGGCAGCCUCGGCUUCCUGGUCGCCUUGACAUUGAGGAUCGUCAAGGUCAAACCCUACAUCAAGAUGAAGUAUACUCCAGUCACGGGGCAGAAGACAUACUGCGACAUUAUCAGAGAUCUUUCUGGCGCUAAUUCCGCAAACCCCGCCGUGCACCCUGACUACAUUGAAGGGACCAUCUUCAGCAAAGACAGUGCUGUCAUCAUGACCGGAGACUACUCCGACUACGAGCCGCAGCUCCCAGUGAACCACUGCUCCAGGUGGUACAAGCCCUGGUUCUACAAGCACGUGGAGUCAUUCCUCACAAAAGGAGAAGGCGUGGAGCUGAUACCUCUGCGGGACUACCUGCUGAGACACAACAGAGCCAUCUUCUGGGUAGUCGAGGACAUGUUGUCUUUCGGAAACGAUCCUAUUUUUAGAACUCUAUUCGGUUGGCUCCUGCCGCCGAAGCCAGCCUUCCUCAAAUUCACCACGACUCCUGGAGUACGAGCGUAUACCUUCACCAAGCAGGUGUUCCAAGAUAUAGUUCUACCUAUAACUGAGCUGGAGAAGCAGAUCGAAGUCGCCAGUGUGCUGUUCGAGAAGUUUCCAUUGUUGGUGUAUCCGUGCAAAAUUAUUGACCACGGUCCAUCGUCGGGCCAGCUCAAACAUCCCCAUAAGAAGUAUCUAGUUCCGGGAACUAACUACGCAAUGUACAACGAUUUAGGAGUUUAUGGUGUACCGGGAAAAGUGAAAGAGAAGAAAUCUUACAACCCCGUAACUGCUAUGAGGGAAAUGGAGAAGUUUACAAGAGAAGUUGGAGGUUUCUCUUUCCUGUACGCCGAUAUCUUCAUGACUAGAGAGGAAUUUGAGGCAAUGUUCGAUCUGACGCUGUAUGAGGAGGUGAGGAAGAAGUACAAAGCGGAAGGCGCUUUCCCACAUUUGUAUGACAAAGUGAAACCAGAGCUGGACGUGUUCGCUAUCGGGGAGCAGAAUGCUAUAUAAUGCUUCAAAAACAUCUAUCACGACUUCGUCCGCGUGAAUUUAAAAAAAAAACAAUAAUAAAUAUAGCCUAUGUUACUCAGUGAUAAUAUAGC